AGAUGCAUGCCUCGAAGAAAGCUCACAUGGAAAGUGGAAGUGAUAAGGACCCUGAGAUGCCAAAUCAGGCCAUGCUUGAUGAUUUCGGAUCUGCUGAAGCUAUGAGGGAAAGAAAUGAGACGCCAGUAGUGGCAGGAAAUGGCAUAAGACAUGAUGACGUGACUCCACCUGCUCAAGGGCUUUUGGAUCUUGAACGAACAAAGAACUCUUCGGGUGGGGUCCCACUUCCAAUGGAGGAGGAAAAUCAACCAGACUUCUAUAGAGGAAACCGUCCUCAAAACAUAGCAGAUUUCUUGAUGGAAGGCUCGCCACAGAUUCCUCAAAACUUGGCUGAUGAUUUGACUGCUCAAUUUCCCGGGCAGAGUGCUGAAAAGUAUUCUUCCAAACAUAGCAGCAGUGGACUGCGAGGUGCACUGAGCCAGUUUGGUGUAUCCGAGCCCCUGCAAGAAACGGAUGCAACACAGACACAAUUCCCUGCAACUUCCAUUGACAAGAGGACAGCAUCUCUUGCUGGAUUUUUCCGUCAGCAAGUCUUCAGCAAUCCAGAAAUAAAUUUCGCAUCACUGCAUGAACUUUUAGCAGACUGCAACAGGCAGCAAGCAGCCCGCAUCUUUUACCAAACAUGUG